AUGCCAACCCAUACGAUCCCUCCCUCCUCCCCCAACGCCGAAACCCCCAGAUCACCCCGCCUCUCCUUCUUCUCCGCCGCCCCGCGCCUACGCUCUCUCUCCAACGCGGCAGCCGACCCCCCGCGCCGCACUCCCUCCAAACUGCGCAGCCCGCGCGUGCAGCAACGCCCCUCCACCUCGUCCGGCGCGAUCGAGAGCCGCUCCGUAUGGGACGCGUCCGCCGCCUCGCUCAAGAACGCCGCAAAACCUCUAUCCGAUCUGCUACGCCGCCGCUCGACGCUAGGCGGCAGACCCCCGUCGCAUGACGGGCCACCACGCGCACACGCGAACGUCCUCAGACGGUCCGCCAGCUCCAGCAAGUCCGGGCACCAGCACCACCCCAGCGCGUCCCAAAGACCCAGCAGACUCGGUGCCGCCGCCGCCGCCGCGCCAUCCGACGACAAAUCCUCCUCUCCUCCGGCCGCCGCACCUCACAAGCCUCGCGAAGUCCGCAUCCAGCUCGACAUCCCCUCCCUCUCGCGGGAGGACCACCCCGCGGCCGUUCCCGAUUCACACCGGGUUCAUCACCACCACCACCAACAACAACAACAACGCCACCAGCGACACCGCGACCCACCGACCGAGAAGCAGCCGAUCGAACCGAACCUCCACGCCAAAAUAGCGACCGACGACGACAAAGAAGGAGACGACGACGACGACGAGCCGCGCUUCCCGACGGCCGACCGCGUGAUCCUCGCCGAACUCCAGGCCUCGCUCCGCGCGCGCGAGACCCAGUUCGCGCUGAAGAACGGCCGGCGGUACCACGGCUUCUCCCCGCGCGACGUGCCGUACCCGCGGAGCUACGACCGGCUCGACCUCGACCAGGACGUCUGGGAGACCAAGUUCUGCCAGCAGGCGUGCGGCAGCGUGACCUGGCACGUCUUCGAGACGCCGCCUAGCAAAGUACUGGACCUCGGUUGCGGUACCGGCACGUGGAUCCUAGAUUGCGCCAAGGUCUGGAAGAAAACGCACUUUGUCGGCCUGGACGUCGUCCCGCUCCACGCGGACCUUCAACGGACGGGCUACGUCGGCCUCGCGUCGCGCGUGACGUGGGUGCAGGCCAACUUCCUCGAACCGCUACCGUUUCCGGACGACGAGUUCGACUUUGUUCACAUCAAACGUAUCGCCCGCGGAGUUCCGGAAGACAAGUGGAACGCGCUUUUCGAGGAGCUCGUACGCGUUAUGAAACCCGGCGCCGCCUUCGAGAUGAUCGAAGAAGACCUAUACUUCCCCGGCGCUCAAGACCCCUCUCCGCCCGACACACCGGUGGAAAACCGCAGCCGGAGCGCAUCCCCUUCCCCGCCGCCGUUGCCGCUUCCUCGGCCCGCGGCGCCGGCACCUUCCUCGACGGCGUCGGCUUCGGAAGAGGGCGCGCGGUCGUCGAGCUCGUCGAGCUCGUGGUCCCUGGUCGGCACGCCCGCCGGCUCGCUCCCAGCGUCGCGGUACGAGACGCCGGCCGCGAGCACCCGCGGGCCCUCCCCAUCCAUGUCCCAAUUUACGGCAUGGGGCCCUCCGAGAACUCGCUCUGCCACCCAGCACGACGAGGACCGAGCCGCGUCGUCGUCAUCAUCGUCGUCGCACGCUCGUCCCGAGGCCUCGACGCCGCCGCCCGACCCGCGCGACCACGCCCUCCUGGCGACCAUCUACGCCGAGAUGCACGCGGCCCGGUUCGUCAACCUGCGGCCGCUCGCGCUGCUCGCGAACCACAUCUCCGAGUACUUCAAAGAUGUCCGCACGCACCCGCCCAUCAUGCUCCGCUUCCCGCCGCGCCCGACCGACGCGCGGUCCUCCAGCCCCGUGUCCGAGUCGGACUCGGACUCGGACGACGGCGGUUCGCCCCGCCCGCGCCGCUCAUCGACCCGUGACCGGCACCCAGCGCGCCCGCCGCCGCCGUCGUCGUCCGCCCCGCGCUCCCCACACCUCCCCGCACGGGCCCCGGCGCGGAUCAACGCGCAAGAUCUGAUCCGGCGCGCGGCCGCGACGUUCAUCUCGCUCGACGAGACGCGCUCGUCCGCGUUCUCGCCCUCCGCGCACGCGUCCUUCCCCGCGUCGCGCCGGUUUCCCGCGCCCCCGAACGACGAGGACGAGGACGACAACGAGGACGGACGUGCGCACCUCGCCGAGACGAGGCGGAUGAACCGCCUGCCGAACAAGCGGCUCGAGAUCGACCUCCGCUCGCUCAACCUACACCUCCACCUGCGCUCGACCGAGGUGCUCGCCUGUGCCGAAGGCAUGUGGGAUUGGGUCGUGGCGUAUCAGCGGCGGCAGCGGGCGAAGACGUCGGUGGCGACGGGCGUUCCCGGCGGAGGGGGAACGGCAGUACCCUCACCGCAUCCACCGCGUCCACCACAUCCACCACCACCACCGCCCCAGCGGGCGCAGAGAAAUCCGAACAUAGACCCGCAGCACGCGCGCAUAGGCCGAUUAACCCGCGGCGAGUUCGACGCUCUCCUCCGCUGGUUCGAGUUCGACAUGCAGGACGCGACCGGCCUGCGGACGGCGAUCGAAGAUCGCCUCGGAUGGCGCACGUGGGACGGCCCGCGGUCGCAAGAGCGCCGCGCGUUCGACAAGGCCUGCAAGAGGUGGGAGGAGUUCCAGCGCCGGCAGCGUCCUGCCGCCACUUCCCCGCCGCCACCAUCGCCGCCGCCGCCGCUUCCUCCUACUGGCCGCGCGGCACGCGCAGGCGAGGUGCACCUGGCCAGCCCCAGCUUCACGCCAUCGGAGGUGGCUCGCGGACGCGACGACGAUCGUCGCUCCGGCCAGGACCAGGGUCUCGCCGAUCUCGCGGGGGAAAAGGAAAAGGAGAAGGAGGAAAAGGAGAAGGAGAAGGAGGGCCGACCGCGACCGACCCUGCAGGCGCCAAUGGGGGAGCGCGACGAUCCUGCCUCUCGUAGGCUGAGCCGCACCGUGCGCGUCUUCGUCGCCUGGAAAGCCUGAAGGGGUUCCGAGAUGUACCGAAGCGUAGUACGCGCCUCGAGGAGCGUCAAACACGGGCUAACUGAACUCGGCCCACCCUUCUUCGUCCGGCGCGAAUCAGCGAUCGACUUGGGCGCUGGGUGCACGUAAGGUGCACGUUCAGGGCCGGGGCUCAGCAGUGGUCCCCGUGCUUCCCACCGAUCUCUGUCGAUUGCGGAGAAGCAAAGGGGGGAAGGCCCACCACGAGACGCCGCUCUCGUGCCUCCGCAGCCCGGUCCGCCUGGGCGCGAAGGUCAAUAUUAUACGAUAUCGACUUAGCGAGAGGGGAGGUGCGGGUGCGGGUGCGGGUUGCGCUGCUU